AUGGACUCGAAGCAGUUCAAGGAUGCUGCUACGUCAGCCAUCGAUGAGAUCAUCAACUAUUACGAUACGAUCCAGGACCGCCGGGUCGUUUCCAAUGUUGAGCCUGGGUAUCUCAAGAAGCUACUUCCAGAUGGCCCUCCCGAAGAGGGAGAGUCGUGGGCGGAUAUUCAAAAGGAUAUCGAGACCAAGAUCAUGCCCGGUCUGACUCAUUGGCAAUCGCCCAACUUCAUGGCUUUCUUCCCGGCCUCCUCUUCCUUCCCUGGGAUGCUGGGCGAGCUAUACUCUGCUGCAUUCACGGCACCUGCAUUUAACUGGAUAUGCUCCCCCGCCGUUACUGAACUCGAGACUGUGGUCCUGGAUUGGCUCGCAAAGCUCCUGAAUCUGCCAGACUGCUACCUCUCGACCAGCCACGGAGGAGGUGUCAUUCAAGGCUCGGCAUCCGAAGCCAUCGUCACUGUAAUGGUAGCCGCGCGCGAUAAAUACCUUCGAGAAACAACCUCGCACUUAUCUGGGCUCGAGCUCGAAGAUGCGAUCGCACAUACAAGGAGCAAAUUAGUCGCAUUGGGAAGCGAAAUGGCCCAUAGCUCAACCCAAAAAGCAGCACAGAUUGCUGGAGUUCGUUUCCGUUCUGUUCCUACCACAAUGGAUGACGAAUUUGCAAUGACUGGAGCCGGCCUCGAAGAAGUAUUGAAACAAUGCAAAGCCGAUGGUCUACAGCCGUUCUAUCUUACGACGACAUUAGGAACCACAGCAACUUGUGCUGUUGACGAUUUUGGCUCUAUUGCUUCUACACUUUCAAAACACGCCCCCCCAGAUGCUCCCGGCGAGAUAUGGGUUCAUGUCGAUGCUGCUUACGCUGGUGCUGCUUUGGUUUGUCCAGAAUACCAGCACUUGACCACGUCAUUCGAGCACUUCCAUUCGUUUGAUAUGAAUAUGCACAAGUGGCUACUCACGAACUUUGAUGCUUCAUGUCUAUAUGUUAAGAAGAGAAAGGAUCUAAUCGACGCAUUAUCCAUCAUGCCAAGCUACCUCCGAAACGAGUUCUCGGAGAGUGGCUUGGUGACGGAUUAUCGAGAUUGGCAAAUUCCCCUAGGGAGAAGAUUCAGGAGUCUGAAAAUAUGGUUUGUUCUACGCACCUACGGCAUUAAUGGCUUGCAAGCGCAUAUCCGGAACCACAUAAAGCUUGGCGAGUUAUUUGCCGGGCUACUGAAGUCGAGGCAAGAUCUCUUCGAGAUUUUAACCGGACCAAGUUUUGCGUUGACCGUCUUCAGGGCUGUUCUUCCAGCCGGGAGCAAAGCCGAACAGAACGAGCUCACUAAGGAGGUGUAUGAGUUGGUGAACCGCAGGGGAGAGAUAUACCUAACAUCAGGUGUUGUGGCAGGUAUCUAUGCCAUCCGGGUAGUCAGUGCCAAUCCGAAGGCGGAGGAAAAGUACUUGCGAAAGGCAUUUGAUAUUUUAGUGGCCACCACAGAGGAGAUUCGAGACAGCAAAAGCAGCAAUGGGUCCGUUAACGGGGCCGUCGUGCAUGGAAAGGGCGAGGGGGUUGGAGAGGAAGUUGCUCAACAUAGCAAUGGCGCCACAAAAUAA